AUUACAGUUUUGGUUAACCUGUAACUGACUACAUGAAUUGUUUAUUGUAGUGCGUGCACGUGAGAACAGUGAAGGAAUCGUGUUUUUUUUGCCACUAUUUAAAGUUUUUUCACAUUAAAACUCCUUAAAUUUUCGAAUACAAGACUUAGAAAUGGCUGUCAAAAAGAAGAAAGCAAAAAUAAGCAAAAUAAAACGGGGCAACCAGAAGAGGAACAAGCUCAACAAACAAGGGAAGUUGAAGAUGAAACGUAACAAGAAGCUGGUGAAGAAGGCCGUGGCCGAACCCUCGGUCGAUCCGAACAAGGACGCGGAAGAAGAGAGCGACCACGGGGAAGGGAUGCUCGAGAUGAUGGACACGGACGACUUGACAUUCCUAAAGAAGGCCGUGACGGAGAAGAGUUACUCCAUUUUGAACAGGAUACGGGUCAGAGACAACCAGGAAGAUGAGUCAUUACAAAGGAAACGUGCUAGAGAUGAUGAUCCCGACCAUCUGGAAGAUAAGUACGAAGAUGAGGUCCUAGGUGAUAGCCAUCUCAAAAGGAUGAAGCCAUUGCUCCCGAUUAAAACGAAACAUGGCAUUGUCACCAGGCAGAUUGAAGUAGAAGACACAGAAGGCAAGGGUCCAGCGGAUGCCGCGAAGCGGGAGGCAGGCGGAGACGAGGACAGCGACAUGGAGAUCGUUCUCGCGGAGGAGCAGAUCAACGGGCUCGACACCAGCAAACCCGUCAGCAUGGCGGACUUGUUCGUGUGCCGCGAGCAGCUUCUGCAGAAGUACAAGUUCCGCAUCGGCGUGCUGUCCAGCGGGCUCCUCGAGAACCCUGAGAUGAAGAUCAAAAACCUGAAGAUCCUGCUGGAAAUGAUGGACGAGAAGAUGCCGGAGGUGAGGCUGACCGUCCGCAAGCUGGCGGCUGUUUCCUUGCUGGAAGUGUUCAAGGACCUCCUCCCGGCCUAUCAGAUCAAGCACCACGAGCAGGAGGGAGUGAGAUUGAAAAAAACCACGUUGCAACUUCAGAAUUUUGAAAAAGAACUCUUGCGGGUCUACAAGAAGUACCUUCAGAAGAUGGAGAAAAUAGUGACGAGGCUGCGGAGGAAACGUGGUGAUGGCAGAAAACUGACAGAGCAGGAGCAGCGGCUGGCGGUGCUGGCGGUGGGCUGGCUGUGCGAGCUGCUGGUCGCCCACCCCUACUUCAACUUCUCCUCGAACCUGGCCCAGCUGCUGGUGCCCUUCCUGAACCACCGGCUGGCCCCCGUGCGCGAGAGCUGCGCCCGCUGCUUCAGGACCGUGUUCCGGCAGGACCGGAGGGGCCAGAUCACGCUCCACAUUGUUCGCAGAAUCAACCACCUGGUGAAGUCCCACUCGCAUGUGGUGCAUCCGGAAGUCUUGAAUGUACUCUUGGUCCUCCGGAUAAAGGAUGUGAAUUUGGACAAGGAAAAGGAGGACGAGAUCAAGAAAAAAAAAUUUAUGACACGAAAGCAGAAGCUGCUUAAUAUGUCGAAGAAAGAACGAAAGAGAAGCAAGAAGCUGGAAGAGCUGGAGCGGGAGCUGCUCGAGACCAAGGCGGAGGAGAGCAAGCAGUCGAAGCAGCAGAACCUCACCGAGGUCACCAAGAUGGUGUUCGCCAUCUACUUCCGCGUCCUGAAGACCGCCCCCACGUCCAAGAUCCUCGGCGUCACCCUGGAAGGCCUGGCCAAGUUCGCUCACUGCAUCAACCUGGACUUCUACCACGACCUGGUCGGUGUGCUGGACGAGCUGCUGGAGCUGGGGAACCUGGGCCACCGGGAGCAGCUCCACUGCGUGCAGACGGUGUUCGCCAUCCUGUCGGGCCAGGGCGAGGUGCUGAACAUAGACCCGCUGCGGUUCUACGCCCACCUCUACAGGAACCUGCUCAGCGUGCACGCCGGGAGAAACCACGCGGAUGCGACGAUCAUCUUGCAAACGGUGGACACGGUUCUGAUAAAGAGGAGGAAGAAGUUUUCCCAGCAGAGGCUGCUGGCCUUCGUCAAACGUCUGUGCACGCUCGCCCUGCAGUUGUUGCACAACGGUGCUCUCGGGUGCCUCUGCUUGGUGAAGACUGCGAUGCAGUUCAACAAGUCUGCGGACAUCCUGCUGGAUCCCGACUCCUCGGUGGGUCAGGGCAUCUACUUCCCCGAGCUGGACGAGCCGGAGUACUGCAACGCCAGCAGCACCGCGUUGUGGGAACUUCUGCAACUCAAGCGACAUUAUCAUCCCAGCGUACGCAAGUAUUCUGAAAAUAUUCUGAAAGGUAUACCUGCAACAGGUGAUGGAAGCUUGCCUGUAGAAUUGACUAAAUUGUCUGCCGUAGAGCUCUUCAGUGAAUUUGAUCCGUCAGAGAUGGUAUUCAGGCCCACGGUCCCAGCCCCAAGUAAGACUCCAAAACGACGCUUUCGUGGGAAGAGGCACGUCAGAAAUGUGGAAUUUGAUGACUACAUCCAAGACGUGUUGAAAAAGAAAGAUGUGAACGGAUUAGAUUUCUAUGAUGAAAUUUUCAAGUUAUAAAUAUGUCACAUUUACACGCAAAACAACUCUGUAAAAACGUGUGAUAAACUUUUGACAAACUUUUUAGAUUA